AUGGAGAACCCAGUCUUGAUUCAGAAAGCUGCUCGACGGUACAAAUCUGCGAUUCCAUUAUUCCUGUUUCAUGAUGGUGGUGGAACAGUUUUACCCUAUUACUUCCUCGAAAGCUUGAAUCGCAAUGUAUGGGGAAUAUCAUAUCCACAUCUUAAUGAUGGUGGCAUCUUUGAAGAUGGUAUCAAAGGGAUGGGAGAGUUAUAUGCUGGGAUGAUCCGUGGGAAAGUCUCCAGAGGUAAAGUCCUGCUUGGCGGUUAGUCCCCCCUCUUUUAUUUAUAAGUCGUUACUGAGUUUUGAUACAGGUUGGUCCGCGGGUGGAUCUGUAGCAAUCCAAGUCGCAAAGUGUUUGGAGAAUAUUCCGGAAAUCUGUGUCGCUGGCACCAUAUUGCUUGAUACGCCAUUUCCCGAUUUCCCUGACUGGCGACCAAAAGAUGAGCCACCAGUCCAGUUUCAUUUACCGGUAGCCCCAGAUCAAACAGCUCAGAAUAGAUUAGCGCAACAACAAGCUGUCAAUGAUAUUAUCCAUGCACUCUCAGUCUGGGAGCUGCCAAUUUGGGAGGAUGGAAGGUACAGUUCCCUUAAUCUUACUAUUUUGAAUAGGAAAGAUGUACUAACCAGAGAUUUAAAUUCAGACGACCGCCACCCGCAGUAUUUAUAAGGGCACUAGAAGCAGUCUCAACUGAGAAUGUUGUAGAAGUCGAUUGGUUUCGUGGAGAAUAUGCUUUAGGAUGGCGUAAAUAUCCAUAUGAGUUCAUAAUUCAAGAGCUUCGUGUUCAUGGGGAUCAUUUUAGCAUUUUCACUCCUUUAUAUGUGAGUAGUUGCUUCGAGAACCUCCAUGUAUGUACUUGCUAAUGUGAAUAUUCGUAGCUACCGGAAUUAAGUACGAAGUUGAGGGAAGCUUGUGAGUUAUUGGAUUCCAAACAGGAGUAUAGCAUGUUACUGGACUCCAAGCAUAGUAGUACUAUAUUGGUGAAGGCGUUGAAAUCAUUUUAAAAGAACGGAUUUCGAACAUAGCAGUAGUGUAUUAUUAACGGCGUUGAAACAUCUUUAAGAGAAUGGAAGGCUGGCACAAUUGGAAUACAAGGCAACCGUCAGGGUGUUGGAGGUGGCACAUUUUAGGAUUUAUAAGGUUAAGUUCAGACCG